UGGAGAGGGGAAGACUGCAGGCUGGGAGAGGGAAGCAGAAAAGAGUCAUGAGGCCUAAGCUCUUCCUGAGGAGAAUACUUGAGUGAAUGUCUGCCUGGCAGACUGGGAGAAGCAUGAAAUGGAUGCAUGGGAAGAUGAUCAGGCUGACCAGCGUUCUUGCCUCAUCUGUGGUGACCGCGCCACUGGACUGCACUAUGGCAUCAUCUCCUGCGAGGGCUGCAAGGGCUUCUUCAAGCGCAGUAUCUGCAACAAGCGCGUGUACCGCUGCAGCCGUGACAAGAACUGCGAAAUGUCGCGCAAGCAGCGGAACCGCUGCCAGUACUGCCGACUGCUCAAGUGCCUGCAGAUGGGCAUGAACCGCAAAGCAAUUAGGGAGGAUGGCAUGCCAGGAGGGAGGAACAAAAGCAUUGGGCCUGUACAGAUAACUGAUGAGGAGAUAGAAAGGAUUAUGUCAGGGCAGGAGUUCAAGGAGGAGGCCAACAUGCCAGACCACACUUGGAGCAACAAUGGCGACAGCAGUGACCACAGUUCCCCUGGCAAUGGUGUUUCCGAAGGCAACCAACCAUCUCCAGCUUCCACCUUAUCGUCCAUUCGCUCUGUAGAGAUGAAUGGCUACACCACUGCACUAAGGGACCAGUACAUUGGCAGCGCCAUGACCACACACUACCAGUUCCUUCCGCAUCUAUUCAGCUAUGCUACCCAACCACGCAGCCUCUAUCCACAAUCCCACACCCUCAUCACCCAGCUGGUGGCUGCAGAGGAGCUAGCCCCACUGGAAACACCCAUGCUUAUCGAGGAAGGGUACAGGGUGACCCAGGUAGAGCUAUUUGCCUUGCUGUGCCGCCUGGCUGACGAGCUGCUCUUCAGGCAAAUCGCAUGGAUUAAAAAGCUCCCAUUCUUCUGCGAGCUCACCAUCGAGGACUAUACGUGCCUGCUCAGCUCCACCUGGCAGGAGCUCAUCCUGCUGGCCUGCCUGACCAUCUACAGUGCACAGGUGCUGAAGGACCUGGCCGACGUCACCACCAAGUACACGCCAACGGAUGAGGAACUUCAGGGGUUCAGCGAGGAUGGAAUGGAGGUUAUGGAGAAGCUUAUAUAUCUUUUCCGCAAGUUCCACCAACUGAAGGUCAGCAAUGAAGAAUAUGCCUGCAUGAAAGCCAUCAACUUCCUCAACCAAGAUAUCCGUGGUGUCACCAGUGUUUCCCAGUUGGAGCAGCUGAAUAAACGGUACUGGUAUGUCUGCCAGGACUACACCGAAUGCAAGUACCCGCACCAACCAAAACGCUUCCCAGAGAUCAUGAUGUGUUUGCCUGAGAUUCGCUGCAUUGCAGGGAAGUUAGUAAACGUUCCCCUGGAGCAGCUGCCCUUGCUGUUCAAAGCAGUCUUACACUCCUGUAAGUCCAGCCUGAAUGGCACAUACCGCAGCACGGGAGCCUCCCCAUGUCCUCCUAAGGGCACUGCCCCUGCCAACUGAGGUCCCGCCAUGACACGUCCUCGAUCAGCACAAAGGCACCCUGUAGGCCUACCUCUGGGGAGACAGUGAGCGGACAGGGUCGAAGGGCGAUGACAUCCAAUGAAUGUGUAACGCAGCUAUAUGUUACUUUUGUUUCUUUAUAUAUUUAUUACCUGACAGAGCUGAAUGUAUACUGAUCCACACUGUGCAAAUGCUUCUGUUAAAACAAAUGCACAAAAAAAAUAAUAUUUCUUCGGAGUUUACAAGUGUGUAUUCAAUUGUAAAAUGUGUCGGUGUUGCCAUCGGUAGAGCUAGUUUUGACAGUACUGUAUGUGAAAUUAUAUUUUUGAUUUAUUGAAAUACUACCUCAGGAAUGUGAUUCUACUAUUAUUCAGGUACCUUCUCUCUGUGCUUGUAAUUAUAUGCUCCCCAGUCUAUUUAAAACAACCCACAUUAACCCCACAAACUAGAGGAUUUAGACUCUUUAGUGCCUCUGAGUAACUGCUUGAAUGGUUACAUAAACGGUCAGGCAGACUUGUAGGUAACUGUAUUGCUCUCUCUCCAUCUCUCUCACCACCUCUCUCUUUCUCUCUCUCUGUACACUGCACUACAAAGUGGUCUAAUCCUUAGGGGGAAUAAUGUGGGUGUUUUAGUUGGUGAAAUCAUAGACUGAGGGCAAGACAUUUUAUGGAAAUAUUUUUUUUUAGUCUUUAUGUUCAUUUGUUGAACAUCAAUUUUAUGCAAACCAUUGACCUCACAGAUACGUGAUUUUUAAACUGAUGAAGGUGUAGACACCCACUGCUGGGAUAAACAAAGUCAAUUCCAACUGCUGUCUUGAUUACAGGGAGACAGUGUUUAUAUAACACUCAAAGUCUCUUCUAUGCACAGUACUGGCCUAAUUCUCCAUUCACCAUUCUCCUGCAGAUCCAGAUAGACAUUAAGAAAAUGCCUCAUGAUGGUGGUGAAAUCAUGCUUUUGGGGAAAUACUACCCUGGCCUUUACUUGAUUCUCGAUGAGGACUAUAUGUAGUUCAAAUCAGCUGCCAUCUGGUACACCAUUGCCACCGAUGCAAAAAAUGUAAAUUCUUGUCUAGUCGACAAGGAGUAAUUUUUUUUUUAUUUCCACUGUUUAAAAGCAACGAACAUUAUUUUAUAGGCUUCUUGACUCAGUUACUUUUUGAGACAUAAUGAAGUCUUAAAAUGUAUCUAGUCUUACAUGCUGCUUGAAAGAAAAAUGUCAUUCCUUUUUCUGAGGUGCAAUUCAGCAGCUUUUGUGUGAAUAUUCAAUGGACAAGAGGUCAAACCCUUUUCAGGACCAGCAGUUGGACCAGCAAUUGGACUCAUGCUUUAAACAGGGUAAAAUGACCAAUUUUGUUGUUUUGUUUUCAUUUUACAGUUACUCAGAUAUCACAAUACUGACAAACUUGUUGUUUUGUAGUUGUAGAAACAUGGACAUUGUAGGUCCUUUUAGUGUUUUUGUUUUCUUGGACAUUUUCUAUUAUUAUUUUGUUUUGUUUGUACUGAAGGAGAUUUAUUUUGAGGGUGUUUUGUGAGACUGUGAUUAUCAGCUGAAAUUUUCACACAUGAAUCAAAUCACAAUGUUACCCCGAGAGAUUCAUCAGAUCACCAAUAUCUUUAGCCACAGCAUUACUAAUGAGUGGCAAUCUAGCUGCAUGGUUUACUACAGCCUACGACUUUGUUAGGUAUGAUAACAAAAUUCCUCAUUGUCAUUGUUAACAUUCCAAAAAUGAAUGCAAAAUGAAAAUGUUUACAAUUUGCACCAGACAAUGACUAGCAGGGAGCAAUAUGCAUGUUAAAGUAAAACUCUUGCCAAAAUGUAACCUAGGGUUUUUUGUGAAU